UUCUGGCACCUGGCUGGCACCUGGGUGACUCUUGGCAACCAAGGGAAGGGGACAGGCUGGCCCUUUACUUCUGAGCUGGGAGUGCCACUAGAUAAACUCCUCCAGGGGAGGAGGGAGCCAGUGGGCUGAGGAUGUGGGGGUCUGUGGCAGUUGUCUGGACCGUCUGUCUGGCGUGCAUUCAGCCUGCGGUGUUCCCAUGGAUCCUCCCCUUCAGGUCAAACAAGGACAGGCCUCACCCAGCACGUGGAGCUCUGACAGAGAAGGUCGAGUGCUUCUCAGACUACAUGACCCUGCAGAUCUCGAGGAGCCACGUGCUGGGUUUGAGGCAGUGGCUGGCUGGGGUCCUUCGCCUGCGGGGCACCAAGAGGUCCCCCAAACACCUGGAUUCUCUUCUUCCCAAAUGUGGUUACCUUUUGCAUCCUGCUCAUGAGGGAGGCUACAUCUUCCGUGCACUGUACUCUGGCUGCUUUGUACAGAAAGAGAAAGCAGAUUACAGGUUGGAAAUCAGAAUGUUUGGAAGAGGGGCGGAAAGGUUGAAGGAGAGCAAUCGCUUCGUAAUGAAGUGUCCCAUGAUCGUGGCAAGGUUGGGUGAGCAGAGCGUCUCCUGCCAUCCCUCAUUCAUCCAGGUCUCUAGGCCCUGGCCUCCGAGGAGCGAUGGUGGACAGACGCCGUGGCUGCUGUCCCUUCGAGGGGAGCUGGUGGCUUCUCUGGAGGACGCUAGCUUGAUAGGAUUAGAGGUGGAUAUUGGCGCCACCAUGGUCACCAUCCGAAGCCCAAGACAAGAAUUUCUUCAGAGGCUGGAGGUGUGGAACACCUCCCUGGAGCUCCUGCCAUUGUGGCUGGUGAGCGGUUCCUAUGCCUACUCCUUCGAGGCCGCGUGCCCACUGGUGUCUUUCCAGCCAGGGUCAGAGAUCUCAGUUCACAUCCCCAAGCAGAGACUGGGUCUGGUCAAAAGAGGCUCCCUCGUUGAAGAGUCUCUGAGUCCCAGAUUCCUUCAGGUGCAGCAGUCUGACACCUUCACGGUGGCCGAGGACAGGGACUUUGUGGUUGUCAGCAUGCCAGCAACACUGCUGCUUCGGGACCAGCCGUGCCAAGAGGUCAGAGAAUCCCCAGGGACACAAGCUUUCUACAGGGUGGACCUGAGCCUGGACUUCGCAGAGAUGGACUCUCCAGUGCACUGGACCGUAGAGAACUUUUUCCAGUGUGCGGGAUCAAGAGAAGAGUCACUGGUCCUAACAACCACACCGACUGCUCUUCCGGCCCUGUCCCCUGGAUGGGGAACUACACCGGUAGAAACACCAUCUGCCACCUCUUCCCAGCUCCAGACCCCACCAAUGGCUGCCCCGGAGGAGCUCCCUCAACAUUUUGUGCACCAGCCUACUAAAGAAUCCACCAAGCAGGAACUGACAGUGCCAUUUAUGCAACUAACUAGACCUGCAGGAGGAAGCCGGGUGUUGAUGACUUUCCCCUCCUCCAGUGCAGGGCAGGAACGCCAAGGUCCUCAGACCCCUCCAGAGAAAGCAGACUUAAGUCCACAUCCCCAGACUCCAGCUACACUCUCCUCAGAACACACUGAAGUUUCCCAGACUGGCCCUGGCCCUUCACACUUGGUUUCCCUGACUCCCAAUUCCCCGAGCACACAUUUGUCUUCAGGAAUCCCCUCUUCUCCGUGGCCUUCCUGGCCAUCUGAUGGUCCCCAAAUGCUCCCGUGUUCUGAACCAUCGGUUACGCUAACCGAAGAUCCCAGAGCUAUGAGAGCUGAGCGGGACUCUGUUCAGCCAUCAGGAAGUCCCUUCCCUCCAGGAGGUUUGUCAAGUGAGACUGCGAAUUCAACAGAGUCCAUGGAACUUAUCCCGAGGGAACCUGACCACGUCAGUGAGGAGUUUCUGCCAUUGACAAGGCUCUUCAUGAGCAGCCUGGCUAAAGAGGGUCUGAUUUUCCACCAUGACCCCGAGAGACCUCAGGAGAGACCCAUAAUCAAGGCUGAGGAACCUCUGCAGAAUGAUCAUGAUCCCUCUGGAGAGGAGACCAGAGGGUACCUGGACCUGCCAACAUCAGAGCCAAGUCAGGAAAUGAAAGGGCUGGCGACAGAUGCCACAUUCACAGCCUCAGGAAGGAGGCAGCCAGAUGCCAGGGCCUAUCUGGAGACCUCGAGUCCAGAGCCCACUGGGAGGCACAGAGUGGGUCCAGCAGCUCUCCAGACAGCGCUUCCCAAGGGCCUUCUGGCUUCCGCUUCUGAGAAGCCUGCAGCCCCUUCUGAAGGAGGUGCAGAUAGAACCCUACAACUAGAGUCAGUACCUCUGAGGUCUGAGGGCUGGCAUGAUCUGGGGGCUGCACACACAGCCAAUCCCCUGCCUUCACCCACAAAACCUUUAGCUCCUGCAGAAGUCCUAUUUCUUCCCUCCGGUGAGCCUGGAAACAUACUCCCUAGUGGUCAGGAGUCAAUGGAGUCCAGGUUGGCCCCCACUGCUGACAGCCAUCAGCCUCCUGAACCCUAGUGCGUGUGGAGGGGUGCUUCGAGAGGACCCUAUGGCUGAGCCUUUCUGGAGAGUUCAGGGAUGAGUCAUAGGAGUAUCCAGGGAGGGGAGGCCCAGAGGAAAGGGAGGACAUGGUUUGAUAUGUUCACGCUUCCCUUCAGGAAGCCGGCUAGGACAGGACCAGAGCCCUUGGCUUCCUUGAGCUGGUCCAACUGUGUUUUACAUCUUCCUUCCCUGUUAAAUCUGGGAAGGCAUCUGGGCAGAUGCUGCCCUAUAGCUGGGCCCACCCACGACUAGGGCUCUGGUCUCCACUCCAGCUCUAUAACCUUAGCAAGGCACUAGCCUUUCUGAGCCUUAGUUUCCCCAUCAAGGAAACACAGUGGGUUUAUGGAUGGUGCGUGUGUGUGGGGUGCGUGAACAGGAUCACACAGAGUGUAGAGCCCUGCCCAAGCUGGGAACCCCAGGGGGGGAGGAGGAUGGAGGAUGGAGAGUCAGUACUUUGGCUUUUGUUCGUCCCAUGCCGUGGUUUCUAUGGUAGCAGCUGGUUCCCUUCUGGGCUUGGCUAGACCCAUUGACCUGCAGUGACCCAGAGCUCCCAAACUCUGUGGCCCAGAAGCCCAGCUGUGGCCAGGCACAGUGACCGGGACCGGAACCCCACUCUGUGCCUCCUUGAGAGGGCAGUGCCUUGCCCACCCCAACCCCCAACCCUAGGCUGGCCGACCUGGAAGUGGGAUUUGAAAUGCAGCCAAGACUCGAGGAGGCCAGCAGCCAUGCCAGCCCAGAAUGCGAACUAAAUAAAUAAAUAAAUAAUCA